AUGGAGAUUCUGCACUUCUACUUUAAAUUAAUUCCAAUCUUGCUUGUCUUCUUUAUUCUCUUUCUUCUUGUUAGAAAAUGGAAAGAAAUGAACCAAAGAUUAUUGCCACCAGGUCCAUGGAAAUUGCCUCUUAUUGGAAGCUUGCAUCACCUUAUUGGAGCACUUCCACAUCAUGUUCUUAGAAAUUUAUCCAAAAAAUAUGGACCUCUAAUGCACCUGAAGUUAGGGGAAAUUGAUGCAGUUAUUGUAUCAUCUCCACAUUUGGCAAAGCAAGUACUAAAAGUUCAUGACCUUUCUUUUGCAGCAAGGCCAAAGCUUGUGGCGUCUGAUAUAGUCUUUUAUCGUCAAAACGACAUUGCAUUUGCAGAAUAUGGUGAUUACUGGAAACAGAUGCGAAAAAUAUGCACUUCAGAGCUACUCAGUUCAAAGAUAGUCAAGUCGUUUAGUUUAAUUCGACAAGAUGAGGUUCAUAAUCUUGUUGCAUCAAUUUGUUCCAUGCCAAAUGUUGUGGUUAAUAUGUCUGAAAAGGUUCUUCAACUUACCAGCUCUGUUAUAUGUAGAUCAGCUUUCGGAAAAGUAUGGGAUGAUAGAGAUAAUUUGUUAAUGAUCAUGAGGGAAUUACUAGCCUUAUUAGCCGGGUUUGAUGUGGUAGAUCUCUUUCCUUCAUGGAAAUUACUUCACAAAAUCAGUGGAAAGAGAAACAGACUGAUGAAUAUGCAUUAUAAGCUUGAUGUAAUAUUGGAGAAUAUUAUUAAUGAUCAUAAACAGAGUAAAGCAAAUGGGGGAAAAGGCAAUAACGAGUUCGAGGGUGAAAAUCUGAUUGAUGUUUUACUCAGAGUUAUGGAGAAUGAUGAACUUCAAUUUCCUAUGACAAAUGAUAACAUCAAAGCAGUCAUUCUUGACAUUUUCUUCAGGGGGACUGAGACUUCAGCAACAACAAUACAAUGGACAUUGUCUGAACUGAUGAAAAACCCAAAUGUCAUGGCUAAAGUACAAGAGGAAGUGAGAAAAACUUUCGACAGAAAGAAGGUUUAUGAUGAUAAUAUUCUCAAAGAGUUGAAGUAUCUAAAGUUAGUGAUUAAAGAAACGCUACGUUUACACCCUCCAGGUCCUCUUCUACCCCCUAGAGAAUGCAGGGAGGAAACAACAAUUGAAGGAUACACUAUUUCUCUUAAAACUAAAUUGAUUGUUAAUUGUUGGGCUAUGGGAAGAGAUCCUGAAAGUUGGGACGACCCUGAAAAUUUUAUGCCAGAGAGAUUUGAAAACAGUUGUGUGGAUUUUAAGGGAAAUCACUAUCAAUUUAUUCCGUUUGGUGCAGGAAGCAGGAUGUGUCCAGGAAUGCAUUUUGGUUUAGCUAAUGUUGUGUAUCCGCUAGCACAGUUGCUUUAUCACUUCGAUUGGCAACUUCCUUAUGGACAACAACCGGAGGAUCUGGAUAUGACUGAAACACUUGGAUUAUCUGCAACUAGGAAACAUGAUCUUCGCUUGAUUGCCAUUCCACAUGAUUUGUCACAAUAUUGACACAAAAUGUCAUUAUCAUAGUGUUUUAUGA